AGAGGGACCUUCCUGUGCCAGCCCCGGCCGACACUUGGGUCCCCAGCCCGGCUCCCGGCCUGUGUGUGCGCAGGGCGAGUCCCCGGCUGCAGCCCCGGGCCCCCCAGGGCGGGCCGGAUUUCCAACCCCCAGACCAGCCGUGAGUCCCAGAUGGAGCCAGAGGUAGAGCCGUGCACGCUGGAUCCCCGGUGCUCCAGUGACAGCCACGUCCCAGCAGGCACAGGUAAAGCGUUAAUCACCGAGGCCCAGCUGUUGAAAGCAUGGAACAGGCACGUGUGGUGGAUGAUUAUAAGCGCUAGAAGCUGGCGACGAGGCGCAGAGCGGGGACAAGGAGGGGAGUCCUGGCCCGGAGGACGGGGCGCUGUCAAGCGGGUCCGAGUGGGAGUUGUCCCCCAGCCCCGACCAGGAAUGGCCACCAAUGACGCUCCCUGCUGCCAACUCAGGGAAACCCUACAACUGUGCCGACUGCGGCAAAGCCUUCACCUGGCCCUCGCACCUGGUGCAGCACCGGCGCAUACACACGGGUGAGCGCCCUUACCGCUGUGCCGACUGCGGCAAAGGCUUCGCCGACAGCUCGUCCCUAGUUAAGCACGGCCGGACCCACACGGGAGAGCGCCCCUACACCUGCCCCCAGUGUGGCAAAGGCUUUGUGGACAGCUCGUCGCUCACCAAGCAUGCCCGUACCCACACAGGCGAGCGCCCCUACUGUUGCCCCAGCUGUGGGCGCAGCUUCGCCGACAGCUCCCGGCUGGCCCAGCACCGACGCACCCAUGCUGGGGAGCGACCUUACCGCUGCCCCGACUGUGGGAGGGCAUUCGGCCGUCGGGCACACCUGAUUGAGCACCGGUACACCCACACUGGCGAGAAACCCCACCGCUGCCACCAGUGUGGCAAAGGGUUCAGCCAGAGCUCCAACCUGACGCAGCACCAGAAGACCCACCUGGCGGAGAAGCCUUUCAUCUGCCCACAGUGCGGGAAGGGGUUCUGUCUGCACUCCCAGUUGGCCAAACACCAGCGGCUGCACAGCCCUGACAACCCCCACCGCUGUCCCCAGUGCCACAAGGGCUUUGUGGACCGAUCACCGCUCCUUAAGCACCUGAGGAUCCACACCGGGGAGCGGCCCUUCCGGUGCACUGAGUGUGGGAAGACUUUCAGCAUGAGUUCACACCUCACACAGCAUCAGCGAGUCCACACUGGUGAGAAACCCCACCGCUGCCACCAAUGCGGCAAGGCGUUUGCCCAGAGCUCCAACCUGACACAGCACUUGCGCACCCAUACUGGGGAGCGCCCGUACAAGUGCCCGAAAUGUGGCCGAGCCUUCAGUGAUAGCUCCAGCUUCUUGAGGCACCAGCGGCUGCACAGUGGGGAGCGGCCCUACUGCUGCCACCAAUGCGGCAAGGGCUUCGCUGAUGGCAAGGUGCUGCGCAAGCACCAACUGACCCAUAGCGGUGAGCGGCCCUUUGCCUGUGGGCAGUGUGGCCGCACCUUUGCCCAGAGCUCCAACCUGGUGCAACACCAGGCCAUCCACACCGGGGAGCGGCCCCACCGCUGCCACCAAUGUGGCAAAGGGUUCUGCUUUCCCUCGCAGCUGGCGCAGCAUCAGAAGCUCCAUGCCACUAUUAUUGUGGUGGACGAUGGUGAUAAUGAACUCCCCUCCCCACCUGCCAACUAAGCCCCUCCAUUCCCCGGCUUCCCUGGGUGGGGAUUGAACCCGGGACUCCUCUGUUGCUUGAGUUACCAGGCCAAGAGGGUGAUACAGACUUGUAAUCCUUUAUCCAGCCACUAGAGAGGGACAGGGAGCAGGUGUAGUGCUAGAGCUGAUCAAGGGACAGAAAGAAAAACAGUUUCACUAAGUCAAUUUGGUUCUGGAACAAGACACCUUUUUUCUUUUAAUCAAAAUUGUUGGUGAUAUUUUCCCCCCCAAAAGUCAUGUGACUAUAGAAAAAUCUCAGCUUUUUAAAAAAGUCAUUUUCUGAUCCUCAUGGUUGGGGAGAAAAGCUGGGAAAAUUACUCCAAAUGGCUCAGAAUCGUGACUAAACAGACCCUUACAUUUAUGAUUUUCAACAUCUCAUGAUGUUUUUAAGCCAUGAUUAUUCUGGGGGCUGACUCAUGAUUUGUGAUUGCUUAGAGUGGCCAGGCUGGUGGGGUUAAAUUUUGGAGGCAUUUGUGAACCCGCUCCAAUCCCAAUGGAGUUGGUGGAAUUUGUUCAUGUGUCUCACAGUUGUGAAGGGUUUAGGAAUCCACCAGAGGCUGAAUUUAUAGCCAGGAUUCUAAGGCUCAGGUGUAAUUCGUGGGCUUAAUGCCUGUGGCCAUGUCUCCCUCUAGUGCACAUCCCUGGCUACGAUAACAUCCCACUGCUCACUCACAGCUGGGGGAGCUACCCCUUUGGCUCAGGGUAGCAUGGGAUCAUGCAUUUGGGUUGGGAUUGGGUCUAACGGGUGAGAGCUGGUCAGGAAAUGGUUUGUGUGUCCCCAUGAAAUUUUUUAAUGAAAACAAGGUUGGGAAAAAUGUGUUUCCUUGAAAUUUUUCAUCUAAACGUUUGUGGAAAAUGUUUAGGGCUUUUGUCAACAAACCUAAAGGUGAGAAAAUUUGGGUUCAUAGAAUAUCAGGGUGGGAAGGGACCUCAGGAGGUCAUCUAGUCCAACCCCCUGCUCAAAGCAGGACCAAUCCCCAAUUUUUGCCCCUGAUCCCUAAAUGGCCCCCUCAAGGAUUGAACUCACAAGCCUGGGUUUAGCAGGCCAAUGCUUAAACCACUGAGCUAUCCCUCCCCCUCAAAACCUAAACACUUUCCAGGUAUUUUUCAAUGAAUCCCACCAACUUUUCCAUGGAAUGGAAAUUUCUAGGGGGGAAAAAAAAUCUGUUUUGUCCAAAAAAAAAAAACAGGGGGCUGGGGACGGGACAGACCAGCAUUUGAUCAGCUUUGGAAGAGAGUCAUGUGCCCAAAUUCCUUCAGAUCCUGUAACAAUCACCUUUGGGGGCUGAGACCCCAUGAGUUGGAUAUACAAGAAUAAACAACACAUCACAAUGGAAUUGGCUCCUUGCUUUUCAAGACUUUUUGGAAGUGUCACUCCUAUUUGCUUGAAACCUCCCUGGUUUUAUAUAUAUUAUGUAUAUAUAUUUGUAAUAUGAAAAUUAACAUUUUCCUCCAUUCUUUUCCCAAAACUUUUAUGUAUUUAGUUUUUUAGAAAACUAACACUUAGAAAUAGCACUUAGGGAAGAUUAGAAAUAACAACCUACACUUUUUGUUUUAUUUGUUAAAACACAAAACAAAAAACGAACAAUAAAAACCAAGGAAUGGUUUGUUUUCCCCAGGCAAAAAACUUUGUUAACUGCAGGAUUCUAAGAAUAGUAUCAAACAAAUUGAGGGAUCAUAGAAUCAUAGAAUAUCAGGCUUGGAAGGGAUCUCAGGAGGUCACCUAGUCCAACCCCUUGUUCAAAGCAGGACCAACCCCUAAUUUUUGCCCCAGAUCCCUAAUGGAUAGCCAUUAAUAACCUUAACUCCGCCUUUCAGGAAGUGUUUUGUUAAAGACUGAACUACUGUUGUUAGGACUCCACCACUUGGAUUUGGAUGUUAGGAGUUAGCCUUCCCAGCUGGGAUUUUUCAAAGGAGUUGAAGAGAAUUUGGUUUCUAAAUUCAAUGGGAUUAAAUUAAUCAGAGUGAACUGAUAUUUUGUAAGCAAAACAUAUUCCUGGCAAAAAAUGAAGUUUAGUGAAAAAUGGAGUUUUUCUCAUGAAAACGUUAUUUUCAACAAAAAAAUUUGACUGGUGAUCACAAAAUGCACAUUUUUGUUUAAUUUCAAAUUGGAUUUUUUUGCUUUGCUCUCCUCUCAUCAAACACGCUUUCUGUCUCACUUCUACUUUCACCCAUCAUUUGCAGUGAGGAAAAAAGGAGGGGAGAGAAAAAUAAUCCAAAAAUCCCCAAAUUGAAAACUUUUUUUUUUGAAAAUCCAGACCGAAAUUGUGAUUUGAAAAUAAAAUGUUUUUACAUUUCUUUCUUUCUUUUCUUUCUCAAAAAAAUGAAAUUUUUCAUGGUGAAAAAUUUUGUUAUUUUAACAAGUUCUAGAUCAGAUUUCCUGAGGGGAUUUCAAGAUCUUUUGUAUGCUGGAAAUCUGCCCUGAUUCAAGAUAUCCCCUUCACCAAUAGAAGUAAUGAUUUCCAUAGUCUUCCUUAGGGGUUUACAUUGGGACAGAUACAUGAGGAGCAGCUGGAAUCAGCACAAAUCCCAAUUUAGACAAUGUUUGGGUUAAACUCUUCUUUCCUGAAUCCUCCAUAACCAUAUUUAUUAGGUGCCACUUUAGAGGCACCUAAGAAUCUCUUCUCAGAUGCAUCCAGGACCUGGCUGCUUCUUGUGACGAGUUGAUAGAAGCCGUAAUUGCUAUGAUCCUUUCAGGAUUGGACCUCUGUUGCCUAAAAGGUUUGGGACAUCUUUAAAAGGGCUUGAUUCUGAAUAAAGGGUUGAGCACUUUUCCUCCCAAAAUCAGGCCCCCUUUAAGGUAUUGAGCUGGGGCACACACAGCCUCAAAAUCUCUAGUCACUUCUGAAAAUCUUGGCAGAAGGUAUUAAGUCCAAACUCCCAAAUAUCUGCGGUAUUUGUUCACUUUUAGCUACAGCAUUCUAACAGUGCCGUCAGAAAUGGAGGGAUGUGCACUCAUGACCUUAACUCUGCCCUGGAGGAUGAAUUUUGCUUUUAACUCAAGGACUCUAACAAUGAUGCAGCAAAUUAAGGGAUAUUUGUUAUUAACCUCACCUGUGCCCGUCAUAGGUUAUAUUUAUCUGUGGGUUUAGCAACAACUGCUAGCAUCUGAUGUAGGGUUGCCAUUCUUCCAGGAUUGUCCUGGAGUCUCCAGGAAUUAAAGAUUCAUCUUUAAUUAAAGAUUAUGUCAUGAUGAAACCUCCCGGAAUACGUCCAAAUAAAAUUGGCAACCCUAAUCUCAUGAGGAGGUGGGACUUGGAUGUUACCAAGCUGCAUUUGUUUAAUGUUUUCUACUUGCCAAACCCUCUUCCAAACUUUUUUCCUUUGGAAUAUCUUUUUCAGUCCCUCUUUUGUUUGCACCUUGCCAUAAAUCCUGUCUGGUUCAGUUACAUGUGGGUUUCUAUUUUUCUCUCUUUAUUCCAUUAAUAAGACUUGCCAUUUCAAUAAGCAGUUCCCUGCAUUUUUGUCCUGGUUCUGGGUCGAGUUUUUAUUUGUUUCUUUCUUUCUUUGGUGGUUUUUGUUGUUGUUUAACAAUUUUAACUCAGACAUCUUUUCUCCAAACUGCUGCUCAGUCAUUUGAUUUCUCAAAAGAACAAAAAAGAUG